GUUUUGAUGACUGGAAGAGAAAGGUUAGUAAGCAGCCAUAAGAUAUUCCUGGAAAGAAAAUGUUUUCGUGUUGCAAAUGUGUGAAAUCAUUUGAAAAAAGUGGGGAUCUAUGGAACCAUUUAAAGAUCCAUAACAUCAAUACGAAGACCAGAACAAAACUUGUGUGUCAUGUGCAAGAAUGUUUUAAAACAUUUUAUCAUGGUUAUAGCUACAAGCGGCACUUACAAUAUCAUGAUUCCAUUGCACAAAAUGUCAGUGAUGGAAAUGCUGUUUCUGAUGAUGAAAGUGUAUCAGAUCAGUCAGAAGUGCUGCCAAAUGAAAAACCCAACGAGGAAAUAUCAGCAAAUAUCAAACAUUCUGUUUCUGAAUAUGUAGCAAAACUUAAAAGCUCUUCCCUGCCAUCAUCUACUGUGCAAAGCAUCAUUUGUGACACACAGGAGCUGCUCAGGAAUGUAAAUGAAGCAGUUCUACAAGUGUCAGCCCCCGUCAUUGAGGACAUAGCUCAUGAUAUCAAACCGUCAGAUGAUAAAAUUGACAGUCUACAGUCAGUCCUCCACAUGGUGAAAGAUCCAUUUGAUUAUUUCAGUUUAUCUACUGUCCACAAGCAAAACCAAUAUGCCCACGAAUGUAAAGUUCUUAUUGAGCCAGAAGAAAUUGUUUUGGGCAAAGCAUACAGAGAAUGUUUGAAUGUGCGUACUGGAAGGACUGAGCAAAAACAAGUUGAUGAAACUUUUCAGUAUGUGCCAAUAGGAGACAGUCUUAAAGUGUUCUUGGAACAACCAGGCUAUAUGUCGGUCAUCAGUCAAGAAAAAGACAGUGCUGGUGAGAAAGAAGUUCUUCAGACUUAUAGAGAUGGAUCAUAUUAUAGGACUUUUGAAGGGAAACAAAACUGUUUAAAUAUUGAAUUGUUACUCUAUAAUGAUGACUUCGAGACAGUAAAUCCCCUCGGUUCAAAGAAAGGGAAACACAAACUUCUUGGAGUCUAUUUAACUGUUGCUUCUUUGCCCAAGAAAUAUCAAGCUAAGCUUGAAAAUGUACUUUUGGUCGCUUUAGCAAAAUCUUCUCUUGUGUCCAAAUAUGGUGUUAAUGCUGUUCUGCAGCGUAUUUCUGAUGAUCUUGAACUUCUCUUUACGGAAGGUCUACAUAUAGAUAGUCCAGAUGGAUUCAACGGCACCAUUCGUCUGAGACUUCUCCAGGCAGUCGGUGAUAACUUGGCUCUCAAUACCAUACUUGGCUUUGCUGGAAGUUUUAGUGCAAACUACUAUUGCAGGUUCUGCAAGGCACUUAAGGCAAUAUGCAGAAAACAGGUAGUUGUUGAUGAAAGGUUACUUCGUACUAAAGAAAACGUUGAUUAUGAUAUCAGUUUAAAAGAUGUAUCCCAAACAGGACUCCGGAGAUCAUGUGCUCUCAAUUCACUGAGCUAUUACCACGUAUCACAAAACUAUGCUCCUGACCUGAUGCACGAUUUCCUAGAAGGGUUACUUCCAUUUGAGAUGAAACUUGUCCUGUCUGAGCUCAUACAACAGGGCAGAUUUAGCCUUGAUGAACUAAACAGUCGUAUUCGGUCAUUCAGCUACGGCGUAACAGAACACGCAAACAAGCCCAGCCUCAUUCUUCAAAGUCACCUUAACAACCCAUUAGGAGCAAGUGGUCAAAAGGCAUCACAGAUGAGCUGUCUUGUUGAAUUCAUACCUCUGAUUGUGGGAGAUAAAGUUGAAGAAGGGUGUGAAUACUGGAGGUUGUUCACAAUUCUUCUGGAAAUCUUCCAGCUGGUCAUAGCACCAAACAUUAGCAUUGCUGUUACCUACUACUUGCAGUCAAGGAUUAGUGAGCAUCAUCAGUUGUAUUUGCAACUAUUUCCUGAUAACCAUCUCCUCCCCAAGCAUCACAAUCUUCUCCACUAUCCCCGAGCAAUGAGAGAGCUAGGUCCUUUGUCACAGUAUGCUUGUAUGAGGCAAGAAGGAAAGCACAAGCCUUUGAAAAGGUGGGCAAAAACUUGCAAUAACUACAAGAACAUUGCCAAAACAAUUGCACGUAAACACCAGGAAGAUCAAGCAUUCAGAAUGCUCAAGAAAGAAAACAUCAACAGCGAAUGUGUAUGCAUCCACAGUUCAGAAUUUGUUAAAGUGUGUGAUCUUCUGUUUCUGUUUGUUUCUGUUUGUGGUAACUCCCGUAGGAACUCGGCAGGACAGCAUUUUUGCUGGUAAACGCCAAGCUGGUUUGUAACCAAUUACCUAUGAAACAUUUUACGUCUAAGUUUAUCAGUCAUAGUGGCUGACGUUAUAGACGACAGAUAUCACUCUUGGGCCUUUUUAUCAAAGUGGAGACAAUGGCAGAGUUGGGAUUCGAACUCACAACCUUGCGAUUAUGAGUCCAAUGCUCUAACCACUGGACCACACGACCCGUGAUAGUGAGGCAGAAGUAUGUCAGCUGUUGAGCUGUGAACCUGAUGCUGUACUAGAAUUGUGUGAUAAAGUAACAUUUUAUGGAUACACAUACAGACCUAAUAUAAUGUUGCUAACUGACUGGUGUGGUGAACUACCAUCUUUCUCAAGAAUUGAUUGUCUUAUGAGAAAGCAGGAUAGACUAUAUUUGAUGAUCCAACCAUGGAAGACAUAUUACUUUCAUGAUCACUUUCAAGCCUAUGUUGCAUCAGAAGAUGAGUUGGCUACAUUGCAGUUGGUUGAUCCUGAAAACCUGUUUGAACACAGACCUGUUCAUGCAGUGAAGAGUCAUGGUAUUGCAGAUCAUCGGUGGUACAUUCCUACCCGAUACAUGCUGUCAUAAGUGCAUCAAAGUUAACUCAGAGCCAAAAAUGAUGUACAGGUACAAUACACUGUAGUUUCAAUUCCUCAAUACCAGUUCAAACUUAUGUACUUUCUUUCAACGAAUAAAUGUGUAUGUACAAUUUUUUUUCUUAAUAAUAGCCUUUACAUAGAACUGAAUAUUUAGAAGGAGCAAAGUAAACCCCUCAAAGACAUUUUUGUAAUAUAACUUUGAUCAUCCAUAUCUCUGUUUACUGUAGCACUUCUAUGCAUCAUUAUACAUUCAUAUAAUAGGAAUGUCAGUUCAUUUCCAUUUCAAACAAUACACCAUCAGUAUUGAAUCUCAAAUAAUGGAAGGUAUAAAACACCUUAAAUGUAAACACUAUUAGUUCAAAAGUGUUUAAUUAUCUUUAGGAUACAAUGUUGGCACUCAUGCAGAACCACUUCAAUAUGACAAGAUCAAUUACACUCUAUCUAUCCUAAAACAAAUUAAGAAAUUUGACAUCGACAGUGAACACUAAUUUUCACUUUUGACAUGGUACCGUAAUUCAGUUGUCUUACACAUUCCAUAAUGUUUAAUUUUAUAGCUAUUUGAACUAGUACAAUCAGAAGCAUCUUUUCAAAGGAGAAUAGACAUACAUUACAAGUACAUUUCAAUAAUUUUGAUUUCAAGUAAAA